AUGGCCUGUGGUACCGUUCAGGCACAGGUCGACUACCUCAAGCGCCUGCCGCUCUAUCAAUCAGAGAAGCCCUUCCAGCUCUUCAUCCCUAUCGAGCCAGACGCUAAGGACCAGCGGCAUUCCAACCUGGAGUUCGAGCCAAAAGAAUGCACGUUCCAUGACGUCCGGGACCAGCUCCCCGAGUGCCUGCUUGACUCCCAAGGUUUCCAGGUGCUCCGGCGGCCCACCCGCCUGGACCCCGCCUCCUUCGACAAGCGCGAGAUUGUCGAGUCGCAGUACCUCGACGAGGUCAAAGACAUUCUCAAGUCAGUCGACGGAGGCUAUGACAGGAUAUUCAUCUUCGACUGGAGGGUCAGUCUUGCAUGCCCUCCAAACCAAGCCGUAGCCGGCCACGAGUUCGACAUGAACGACUUGACGACCUGGCUGCGCCCCUCGCCUACAGCGCAUGUCGACCAGAGCGACCGCGCCGUCCUCCACCGCAUCAUGCUCCACCUCCCGGAUGAAGCCCCGCUGCUGUUGCAAGGGAGAGUGCGCAUCGUCAAUGUAUGGCGCCCGCUCGAGCAUGUCAUUGAAGAUUAUCCGCUGGCAUUCUGCGACCCGACCUCAGUGCCCGACGCCGAUCUUAUCGAGUGCGAUCAUAUAAGACGAAAGUUCAAGGGGGCCAAUUUAUACGCACAUCACAGCGAGGAGCACAAGUGGUGCUAUGUUGGAAACCAUGAACCUGACGAAGUUCUCUUGCUCAAAAUGUUUGAUUCUGACAGUUCUGUCGCUGCAAAAAGGCUGCUGCAUGCUUCCUUCCGCCACCCGUCAGCACCAGCUGAUUGCAAGCCGCGCAAGAGCAUCGAGGUCCGCGCCUUGUUAUUCAAUCACCCCGGACAGUGAACUCGGAUGACCAUGCGCCAUGUCAUCAGUCCAAAGUUUCAUGGCCUAUGUACCUGUAUCACGCGCAUGGGUACGGCUCCUACUGCCAUCCGGCUUACAUUGCGAAUGUGGUUGCGUCCCGAAAGUCUCCGUGUCAAGGCGACCGGGCGGUGUACCUCCCCCCUGCGUGGCCUAUCCAGACACAAAGCAAAGCCCCAGCGACACCUGAACCAUCCUGAAUGGCUAUGUCUACUCGGGAACUCUGCUGUGGUAUUGCGACGAUAGGCACGGAGUACACAUUGGCAUGGGGCGGAGUAAGGGUUGCAGCCAGCACGCCUACAAUAGUGGUACACUUGAUCUCGAGGUAA